AUGAUCAUCGCCGUUCUUCUGCUGCCCACAGCGGUGGCAGCACUAUGUUCCGAUACCGCCACCUGCAUCAGUCGAGUGCGGGAGAUCGUUGCGGCUCCGAGAAAAUUCUGGUUCGGAGAGCAGCGACGGUCCCUAUGUCAGGGUCGUAAUGCCGAUCCGGUAGACUGCUUUGGACCACCACAUCUGAGCGCCUUCCACUCGGUGGGAAGUCGUCUGUUUCGUGUCAGGACCUACCAUGCAGCCUAUUUGAGGAAUCUUCAAAUUUUUCCUCGCGUCACAUUUCGAGCACAUUCAGGUGAAUAUCGGGCGUGCGAUCAUGAUUUCCGAGCUGGGAACGGGAGCGUCCAGAUUGUGGAGGCUGACCCGGACAUGUCCCCUGUGGCGCCAUACUUUAUCCGGUCAAAGCCAGAAAUCACCUGGCAUGGGUUACAAUACGACGAAGAGUUCAUCAUAGCCAUCAUAGAUGUCGGGUUUGGAACUCUCAACUAUCUUCUGACGGGCUUUCCCCGUCAACCUAUGGUGCUGCACGACUACGAGCCAUCGGAGAACUUUCCGCCCAGAGCCGAAUCCGAUGGUGGUGGCUGUAUUUCGUAA